AUAUACAAGCCUUCAUUUUUAAUGAUUCCUGGUUCUUGGUGCAAUCAAUCGGUUCAGCCGUGUAACUUAAAUAAAUAGGAGAAGGCUCGUCUUGUUUGUUGCCUCACCAGCCCGGUUGUUUCCCAGGGGUCCUGUUUUACUGCAUCUACCCCACCGAGGGACACCUGCACUGCCUGGAGGCAGCUCUGAAGAACGGGGCUGAUGUGAAUAACAUCUCCCACAAGGGGAAGCCCGUCCUGGUGCUGGCCUGCGAGAACGCUGAAGAAUGUGAGGAGAUGUGCAUCGAUCUUCUGGACAAAGGAGCAGAUCCAGACAAUGCUGAUGAGGAGACAGGCCGAACGGCCCUAAUGGGAGCAGCAAGGGUGGGAGCCGUGAAUCUGGCUCGGGCGAUCCUCCAGGACUACGGCAAAGUCAACGACAUCGAUAACAACAAAUGCCACGCUGCUCAUUUUGCUGCUGAAGGGGGCUUUCUGGAGGUGCUUCAGCUUCUCUCGGCAUAUUUGGCUGACCUGGGCAUGGUGUCAGCGAACGGGAACACGCCGCUACACUUAGCAGCGGCGGGCGGCUUCGCAGAAUGCUGCAGGUUUCUCGCCCAGAGAGGUUGUAACCCCAAAUUGAAGAAUGAGGAGGGUUUGAUUGCGCGACAGAUCGCCAAAAACUUCGGCAACAAGGCAGCGAUGAAGGAGGUCAAAAAGGCUGAGACGUUGUACGGGAAGUAUGUCGAGGGCGGAGAGACCAACCCCAAUGAGCUGUGGGCCCUGACUCUCCACGACUGGUCUUACGAGAACGAGGAGCGCCUGCGCAACUCCUUCGACAUGGAGGAGGAGCAAGACGACGAGGAGUCCCACGAGCCCGUGCAGGUCAUCUCCAAGAACACUUUCCUCUCCGUAAUGACGGACGGUGGCGCGCCGGUCGACGCCGAAAAGCUUGAGAAGAUCUUCGCUGCCCACGACAAGAAGCGGGAGGGCAAGAUGAACAUCAACGACUUCUUCAAGGGCCUGGAGUACCUGCAGAAGGCUUUCGUCUCCAUGUCCUACGGCCCCAAGAAGAAGAAGGCUGGCAAAGGGGGGAAGGGAAAGAAGAAGAAGGGGAAAUUUGUCCUGCCCUUCCCCAUAUGCGUGGUUCCGCCCGACCAAGCCCCACGACGGAGCGACGGCGGGCCGCCCCACUAUAUGAUCGAGAAGUACCACCACUUCACGGACACCAACCGGUUCAGCCGCGACCACCCCCCGGCCCACCCCAUCGUGGACGACUCGGCCUGGUACAUGAAGGAGCCCGAGAAGGCCUUCGUGGACAUAAACCACUGCGUGAAGAGGGGGGACCUGGAGUCGCUCAGCCUGGCCCUUUCCCAGUCCGUGCCCGUGGACGUCACGGACCGCUUCUACAAGACACCCCUCAUGACUGCCUGCAGCAGCGGCAACUACCAGGUGGCUAAGUUCCUCAUUGGCCAAGGGGCCGAUGUGAACGCCUGCGACCAGUUCCAAUGGACCCCGCUGCACCACGCCUGCCACGCGGGCCAGGUGAGCAUCAUCGGCCUGCUCGUCCGGUCGGGCGCGGACAUGGACGCGGUGGCCAUGAACGGGACCACGCCGCUCAUGAGAGCCAUCGAGAGCUGCCGGCCCGCCUGCGUGGAGCAUCUCCUUGACGCUGGCGCCAAUGUGCACGCUCAGAACAGCAAAGAACAGAAUUGCUUGGAGAUUGCAAGGGCCUAUGGGGACCAGAGGAUAGUCUACUUGGUGCAAACUAAGCUCGAUGAUCCUAAUGACAUCAAGGAAGACAAGCCGCAAGGAACACCGGCCACUGCCCAACCAAAACCUUCACAAGAUGAGGCCCCUGCCUCCCCGCGCACUUUGACCCCUGAGCUGGGGGCAAAGAAGCCGUCGCGGAUGGACAGCGUGGUGUUCCAGAACGCCCGCAUUGCCAGUGGAGCCGUCGACAGGCUUGACAUCACCUACGUGCCCAAAAAAACGUGGGGCCCACCUGUCCCGAACAAGGAGGGGCAAAGGAAGAUCCAACCCAGAAAAGCAGACCUGGAAGGGGCCAGUACAUCACUGUAAAACAACAACACACAGACUCAGGAGGAGGCGGAGCCAUCAACCCAGCAAAUUGGGACUCGUCUUAAAGCUACAGUCACGUGAUCAGGACUGUCCUUUAGUCUGCUUGUCUUUAUGCACACUAUAUGGGUCAAGCUCAAAUAAUACCACUUGUGCUCAGACAGCUAGAAACAGCUGUGAUACAGAACAACUGAAAGUAUUCAAAUGCUAUCCUUAUGUACAUGGAGUCUAGUAUUGAUCUUUUUAUUUUUUACUUUUUGGGAGCACUUUCUGUGUUAUAUUUAGAUAUUCACAUGUUUGAUAUUGGGUUCUGCAAUGUUUAAGUGCCAGACUUCCCACAGCUGUGUGGUCAUACCAUUCAGUUCUCCAAAGGUGAUGCAGUUAAAAGAAUUACUGGUGGGUUCUCUGAAAAGGAUGUAAUAAUUUGAAACAAAGGGGAUUGUAAAACGCUUGUCUCAUUAUAUCUCUUUGAAGCUGUAUAUCAGCGCAUAUCUGAAGGUCUCACAGUGUAGUAAUGAGUUGUCAGGCUGAGUUGGAUAUUUAAAAAAUUAAUCUGACAAACCAUUCUUGAUGUACCAUCAAAAGAUUGAGACAGCUGUGGAAUCAAUUUUUAAUAUAUUAGCCUUUAUUUCCAUUAGUCUAUUUCUCUGGAAAUAAAUAAUCAAGCGCGGUUGACAGGAAAUCCCACCUGAGGGGUCACAAGGGUUCAUGUUUUAAUUGUUCUAACGGUUCGGGUUAUUUAAAUUUGUCUCAGUGUCUCGAUGUGCGGCAACUGCGUCUUGUUUACUUGUGUAAAAAUGCCGACUCAGACGACGCUGCGAUUCGUAUCUGGGGAAGCUGGGGGCAGCUGGUUUUCGGAGCCAAGUUUCUGUCUCUCUCGCGCCGGAAUCCGGGUUUUAUCGACAACAAAAAGCCGCGAAGGCGCCAGCGAGCGCUGCUCAAGCUGUGCAGUCACUUCGCUGAUUGAGAAUGAAGUCGAGGCCUGAGAAUUUGAGUGUUUCCUGGUGUCUCUUCAGUGUAAAGUGGUCAAGCAGUGACUUCAUUUGCUGGUCAAUUCUAGAAUAGUAGUGGAGA